CGCAGCGCCUCUGUCAGUGCACUCUGCUCCACAGAAUUAUGAUCUCCCAAAGAGCGGCUCCUGCGCUUCAACACUUGACACAUAAACAGAGCGCGCGCGGUCCUCAGUGAGCCACGGCUCGUGUCGUUCACUCCUCUUUCUUUACGGGUGUUUUUGCUUCUCUUUUUUACGCUGGAUUUCUCGUGUAAGAAUAUGUGCGUGGAGAGCGAUGGAUGCGAGAUUGAAGGCUGCAGCAGUUCGGACGAGGUGCACACGCUGUCUGGAAGCAUGAGCCCGGCGCUCAAAUCCAGCCCGGACCUGCACCCGUGCAAACCGGGACACAAGGUCCACGCUGCGCUCCUCCGGUGCCGCUCACCGGCUGCUGCUGCCGGGAUCCUUACCUUUGGGAACAUCCUCAAUUACAUGGACAGAUACACUGUGGCCGGCGUGGUGCAAGACAUCCAGAAGCACUUUGACAAGACAGACAGCGGGGUUGGCCUACUGCAAACAGUCUUCAUCUGCAGCUUCAUGGUGGCGGCUCCCAUCUUCGGUUACCUUGGCGACCGCUUCAACAGAAAGGUCAUCCUGAGCUGCGGCAUUUUCUUCUGGUCCAUUGUUACUCUACUGAGCUCGUUCAUCAGCAAAGAGUACUACUGGUUGUUCGUGCUGUCCAGAGGGUUGGUGGGCAUCGGUGAGUCCAGUUACUCCUCCAUCUCCCCCACCAUCAUCGGAGACCUGUUCACCAACAACAGUCGAACCAUGAUGCUAUCGGUCUUCUACUUGGCCAUUCCACUGGGGAGCGGACUCGGCUACAUCUUGGGCUCGAGUGCAAAAGUGGCAGCGGGAGACUGGCAUUGGGCGCUGCGGGUUUCGCCAAUGUUAGGGAUCACGGCAGGAACACUUAUCCUUGUAUUUGUCCCGGAGCCCAAGAGGGGGAGUGCCGACCAAAGGGGGGGCCGCAUUAGGACCCGGACCUCCUGGUGCUGUGACAUGAAGGCACUCGCAAAGAAUCGCAGUUAUGUUUUUUCGUCGCUCGCGUCUGCGGCAGUGUCCUUCGCCACAGGUGCUUUCGGUAUGUGGAUUCCUUCAUACCUAACCAGAGCCCAGGAAGUUCAAAAGACCGCGAUGCCGUGUGACAAGAACGAGAUCUGUAACAGCACAGACAGUAUGAUCUUUGGGGCCAUCACCUGCGUCACCGGUCUUCUGGGCGUGGUCAUCGGAGCCGCCACCACCCGCCUCUGUCGCCAGAAGACCGAGCGCGCCGACCCCCUGGUGUGCGCCGUCAGCAUGCUGGGGUCCGCCAUCUUCAUCUGCCUCAUCUUUGUGGUGGCCAAGAAGAGCAUCAUCGGCGCUUACGUGUGCAUCUUCAUUGGAGAAACACUGCUCUUCCUGAAUUGGGCCAUCACAGCUGACAUUUUAAUGUUUGUAGUCAUCCCGACACGGAGAGCAACAGCAGUGGCCUUCCAGGGCUUCAUCUCUCAUUUACUUGGAGACGCAGGGAGCCCGUAUCUCAUCGGACUGAUCUCCGACAGUCUUCAGGAGAGCUACGCGACGUCAACCCUGUGGAAGUUCCUGAGUCUGGGAUAUGCCCUCAUGCUCUGUCCCUUCAUCAUCGUCCUGGGGGGCAUGUUUUUCCUGGCCACAGCGCUGUUCUUUCUAGACGACCGGGAGAAAGCCGAGAAUCACCUGGCUCAGCUCACACAGCGGCCGUCCUCUGUCAAGGUGGGACAAUUUUGAAGAGCUUUCCGAUGGAGCCAAGGGGCAGCUUUUACCUCUUCAGUCCAUCCUCUUCCUCUUCCUUCGUCAUCGUUAUCAUCCAUUUUGGCUCUGUUUUGCAUAAGCUCUGAACUGGAAUGAGGGUGCGUCUGGCCCCUCCGAAAAAGACACAAAUCACAGAGUUUAAAUCUGUGACGGUCCACUGAACCUUCCAUGAGAGGAUGAAGGGUGGACUCCUCUUCCUCAGAUGCCAUACUACUGAAUGCUGGCCAUGAACCUGCCCUGUCUGUCUGCUUGUGUCUCUGUCUGCCUGUCUGUCUGCCUGUGUCUCUGUCUGCGUGUCUGUCUGGUAUAUUGGUCGUCUCUUUGCACCAAGUGCCAUAACAUUACAUUCCUAGUAACUUUGCACUGAUCACCAACAACCCUCAUUUUAUUCGUGGCUGUGAUUACAUGUGCGUGAGAAUGGAGAAGUACAAACUGUGUUGGGCUAAAAGCUGUUUUUGAUCAUUUGGUGUAAGAGUUAAAUUAUUUAGAGCUCGUCAAUCUGACAACAAAACAAAAUCCUUAUGUAGAUCAGUGGUGGAUGAAGUACUCAAUGUUGUUUCUUAAGCAAAAGUACAGAUACAGAGGUAAAAAGUUACUCAAGGAAAAGUAUCACAUGAACUUGUCACAUGUACUUUAAGAGUAAAAAGUAAACCUAUUCCACAAGUGAUAUUAAUGUGGUAAAAGUGCUAAAUGUAGUGAUAUUGAUUUAAAAAAUUAUACAUAUUUUGAUCAACACUAGUAAUACAAAUCAAUUUCUUAUUUUUUCUAGUGAAUUUUAUCUGGAUGUUACCACAAACAUGGUAAAAAUAGCCCUUCAAAUAAUAUGAAAAGUACUUUCUACUUUUCAGUCCAGUUCAAAAAUGUAGUGCAGUAGAAAGUACAGAUAUCUGCUCUCAAAUGUAGUGAAGUAAAUAUAAAAAGUGUAAGUAAAAUGUACAUAAGUAAGCUCCAGAUACCUAAAAAUUCAGCUUUUUAGAAUUUAGUACUUUACUUUACUACUUGUACUUUGUUACCUUCCAUCACUGAUAUAGACCGAUCACAGUUUUCAAUUAAAUAUAACUUACUAAAAACAAACAAAUUACAUGAACUAUACAUACUUUUAAUUAUUGUCAUUUAAUAUUAAAAAAAUCUAAUUUCUCCUUCCAAAGUCUGAAUUCUAAACCACAAAAGAUUUUACUGACAGAGGAUUUGCAGUAAACCUGAUCAUUGACGAUUAGAAAUUGUGACCUGGCAAAUUGCAAUAAAAUUUUUUGACAAUUCAAAAAUUCAGAAUCUCAAUCUUGAUUAAAAUUGUGUUAAAUACACUGCCCCAAGUUAAACGCAGAAAAUAUAUUGCAUAAAAGAAAUACUGUUAAUGCUGUUACGUCAACUUUCUUCCAACACACACUUUUUACCCCAAACAUUACUCAACGAAUUAGACAGUACCGAAGUAAUUCAUUGACAAAAGUACUUCAUAUCUCUAUAUUCUCAUUACAUGUAACCAUAGCCUAACUGAGCCAAAAAGUGUUACUGUCUCUUCAUUCAAGAACCAGCCUUAAUAUCAAACUGGAGCUUUCCCAUUGUUAACAUCAUGGCGUGCAUUUCAUUUGACCCAUCCUGUGUUUUUAUUACAAGCUUUUAGCACUUAAGUCAGUGCAUAGUGCCGGAGAAAGACAGAGACAAGACCAUUUAUGCACAUUAUGAAUUACUAUUAUUAUUCACAAGAUUGUUUUCCUGUUGUGUGAAUGCGUGUGAGAGAAAUGUUACGGCCUAUAGUUUCUGAAAGUUCAUGAUUUUGAAUAGAACACUGGAUAAUUCUAUGUUUUAUAAUUUAUGUUGUGUAUGAUUUUUCCACAGUUUAAGCUUCUUUUUUAUCAACAAAGCAGAACGAAAAAUAUCUCUUCCCCACACCACCUUAAAAGUGGACUUAGGACGUACGCCCACCGAGAGAGACACUUUAAUUACAGAUCCCAUCAAGGCCAUUGUUAAGUCUUACAAUUGUAUCUCAUUCCACCAUUCGAAGAAAAAAAAAACCUUUGAAAUCGUUUAGAAAUCAGAAUUGCAGACAGGAAGAGGAAAUCUAUUGGCCCGGGUUGCACUGAUGAGGAGUCCUUUCAUUGAUAGCAGAUAAGAGAGGAAUCCACCUUUGAAACCAGACCAGAAAAUCCACAAAAGUCCACAUAAUUACCUGCUUUAAAUACACGCCAGGAACAAACUCACAGAAAUCUUAGCGCUGUUAUCUUUGCUAUUGCAUCUAGAGCCCAAAAUCUGAAGACACAUGGAUAUUAUGUGAAUACGUGGGUGUAGUUUUUUCAUACGUUCAAAUCAAAGUGAAUCAGGGCGAGGUCUACAGGGGUGCAAAAGGGAGCAUUUAUGAAGGUUUGCACGCUCAUUUAAGGUGGGAUGAUUAAUGACACCCACUUUGCACCUCUUUGAAACUCAAACGCACCCUCGGUCAGUUUGGUCUGAAGUGAACGCAUUACGGAGCGGUGUAGGAGGUUAAGCAUGUCGCCUAACCAGAGGAUUGUGUCUUCAGUCUCCAGAAUAUGCCGUCCUUCCUUAAGCAAGACACCCACAAUGCAUUGGCAAAUCACAUUCACAUUUGACAGAUAUGGUAUUUUCUUGACUCACUGGAUUCACUGGAUUUCUUUUUAAUGCACCCACUCCCCCUAUUGGUCAUCCUCUGCAAGACUUUGAAUGAGUGACAGGUGGAUUUAACCAAUCACAGUGAAGCAUCAAAUAUCUAUAGUUACCUCUUAAAACGAAUCUAUUUGAGCGCAAGAAUUCAAAUUGCGAUCUGGCAGACUGCAGUAAUAUUUUUUUCUACAUUUCUUCUAGUUUUGAAGAACUUCAAAGCAUGACAAACUCGUUCAACUUUCAAACUUUUUAAAAAACCUUGAGGCUAAUAGGUGAGUCAUCCGUUAAAAAAUACAUAUAAAAGACUCUUUACAGAUAAAAAGCACUUGCGGUGGGUCGAAGCUGCAGCGACCUUAAAAAUAAACAGAGAUUCGUGUUGCGUUGAUGUAAGAGCCUGAGUCACCAACUGUCUGAGUGGGCUACGUCCUUGUUGCCACAUAUUUAGCUUUAGCUUAACUGAAUGUGAUAGCGUCCAACCCGGUAAACUUCUUAAGCUUCUUACUUUAUGAACUUGUUUUUUUUUAUGUUACCAAAUGAGUUUUAUAACUACAAUAGAGAUCUAUAUAUAUCUAUAUAAUGCAGCCACUUUAAUAUAUUGUAAAUGAUGGCUUUGAUGCAAUGUAUUUAUUUGUUAUGAAGAAAACGUGUAAAGGGAAGUUUCAGAUUUUUUCAGUAUGAAUGCCUGUAUCACAACACAAUACCUUUCAAAUCAAUAUCCAACCUAUUUACUGUGAUCAUGAAUGCCAUUUUACACACAAACUUAUAUGAAGAGAGAUACUAGACGGUGUUAUUGUAGCUCUUAUGCAUGUUUUCAACCAUUUUGCACAUGUUCAUUUCAGGGAUUUAUUUGAAGCAUAGCAUUAAUGUCACAUCGAUUCAUGCUCACAGUAAGACGUAGGUGCAUAUUCUUGAUUAUUCAUAAUACUGUGCACGGAAAAGGCUACUGCUUUUCUGUCUUAUUCUAAAUUUGUGAAAUGUACCUAUAAUGUCAUAAGAAGGGACAUCGAAAUAAGUGUCACUCUGCCAAAUUAAGUUGAUUUGAAAACCUGUCCAUUGCUUAGGUCAUUUUGGUAAGGCUUUAUAAUAACAACACUUUGAAUAGUGUUAAUAAAGCAUGAACAAAGAUUUAAUACAUAUGAAGUAGUUCAUUAACAACGAUCCAGGCUUCGUAAAUACUUUUCUAAUUAAUACUCCCCUUCAUUUGUAGUUAGUUCAUAAGCCUGAAUCAUUCUCAAUACACAUUACUUCAUUAUGAUUUAAGUCUUUGUUCCUGCUUAAUUAGAGCUAAUUAAAGUAUCAUUAUUGUAAAGUAUUGCCAUAAUUUUGUCUUCUUCAUCACUACUAUGGUGAUGUACCGAGAAUGUGCUUUUUCUUGUCAUACAAGAAUCCUGUAUAAAUAGACCUAUUUCUGAUGUUGAGCAGAAAACAAAGGUUAUUUUAUUUUUAGAGGAAGUACAUGAAAUACAUGACACCUGUUUGAGGAAAAAAUCUACAGAUAAUGUUUAGAAUUGAACUGUGACGCUCCCUUGGAGGGCUGAUAGACAAGUGUAUAUGUCUGUAAAUCAAAUAAACCUAUUUAAUCACUUCAUACCUCUA